AUGCGGCACAAUAAGAGUCUGGUGCUUUUGAGCACCUUGUUAUCAGUAAGCACGGCAUCGACCGCCUCUCUGCCACGAGGCGUUGGCCCCGAAUUUGCCAAGUUCUACGAGACAGAUUCCUUCUCGUGCAUCAGCCACCCCGACGUUCGCUUAAAGCUGGAACAGAUUAACGACAACACAUGUGACUGCCCUGAUGGCUCUGACGAACCGGGCACAGCUGCCUGUGCCAGCAUCGACACCCUCUCCCCACCACAACCACUCCCAGGCUCCGCGUCUGGCACGACAGGCACGGCGCACGCCCUGCCAGGUUUCUGGUGCGCCAAUGAGGGCCACAGAGGCUCUUACAUUCCAUUCAUGUUCGUCAACGACGGCAUCUGUGAUUACGAUCUGUGCUGCGACGGCAGUGAGGAGUCCACCGGUGCUGGCGGUGUGAAGUGCGAGAACCGCUGCGCCGAGAUUGGCAAGCAGUACCGCCGUGUCGAAGAAGAACGCAAGAAGGCCGUUGAAAAAGCUGCAAAGAAGCGGAGGACCAUGGCGAAGGAAUCCAAGGAACUGCGCCGCCGUGUUGAAGCUAAGAUCGCCAGUCUCGAAACCGAGAUUGCUGGGCUGGCUGCGAAGAAAGUCGAGCUCGAGAAGAAGUAUGAGGACGCUCAGCAGUCGGAGAAGGGCAAGGUCAUUAAGGGCGGCGGUGUCGGCGGCAAGCUUGGGGUUCUUGUCGGUCUCGCCAAGGAGCGCAUCGAUGAACUCCGUGAUACUCUCCAUGAGAUUGCUGAAGAGCGUAAGGAACUGCGCUCCAAGGUCGAGGAGCUCGAGGGUAUCCUCCGCAGGUUCAAAGAGGACCAUAACCCCAACUUUAACGAUGAGGGCGUCAAAUCAGCUGUCAAGGGAUGGGAGGACUAUGCUGCCAAGGCCGCGGAUGCCAAGGUCGCUAUCACGCAGGAGGAGCUAGACGACAUUCUGUCCGAUGACACAGAAAGCACUGGCAUCAACUGGAAGGAAUUUGAGGACGAUGACACGACUGACACUGACAUUCUGUACAACUUCGAGGCCUAUCUUCCCGCGUUCGCUCGCGAGUUCAUCCACACCCAGCUCAGCAAUGCCCGACUGUGGCUCAUCGAGAAUGGUGUCCUCGUUGACAACGCCAAGCCUGGUACUGAAUCACAUCUUGUCAAGGCUGCCCGCGAAGCAUCCGAAGCUGCUGGAAAGGACGUCGCCAAGAAGGAGAAGGAGCUGGCCGAUCAGCAACAAGAACUCACCAAGGACUAUGGUCUUGAUGAUAUCUUCCGGGUGCUCAAGGACAAAUGCGUCUCCACAGAGGCGGGCGAGUACGAGUACGAGCUCUGCUGGAUGGCCAAGACUAGCCAGAAGUCAAAGAAGGGCCAUGGAAACACCAACAUGGGAAACUUCAACCGUAUCGACCGCGAAAUGGCUGAUGAGGAAGAGCGCCGGGAUGGUAAGGGCCUCGGGAAGGGCAUGCGCAUGGUACUGCGGUACGAGGACGGACAAAGCUGCUGGAAUGGACCUCGACGUAAGACUGACGUGUGGCUGGCCUGCAGCGAGACGGAGGAGUUGUGGAGGGUCACUGAAGCAGAGAAGUGCGUGUACAAGAUGGAGGUCGGCACGCCUGCGGCGUGUGAUGAGCUUCUGGAGCCUCCGACGCCCAAGGGCAAGGAUGAGCUUUGA